AAAUAGGGUUGUUGCGUUGUUUAACGAUUAACCAAGCCUUUGAUUUCUCCAGUUUCCCCUUACUAAACCCCAGCUAUUGCAGGGCAGAAGCAGUUGAAAAACCCAGCAACCAAGAAUAAUUUAUAACUAAAGAAUAAAAUUUGAUUUCUUUCCUUCUUUGAAUAUUUUGUUCUCAUGGUACUUUAGCAGUCUCCGUUGCUCCCUAUAUACACUCACACUGUACCAACAUACGCUCCAACCGUAGCCGGCCAUGGCUCUCCCUCUUGGAAAGCUAAGUAUCCUCGUCGGUGCAGGCAUUGUUGGCUCAAUUCUUGCAAAAGAAGGACACAUGCCAAAUCUUUCUGAUUUUGUUUCUGGUGCUUUCAAGUUUGCUUUUCGGCAACUUAAACAUGAUGAUUCUACUCCAUCAGGAAACAAGCCACGCAAUGACUAUUUGAUGGCUCAGGUUAAUAGCCUAAGGCAGGAACUUCAAACCUUAGCGUCAAACGGACCGGUUACUAUUGUAACUGGACGUGGAUCAGGUAGCAGCAAAUACAGAAUAAUAAUUGUUGUUGUAGUAGUUGGAUAUGGCUAUGUUUGGUGGAAGGGUUGGAGACUUCCUGAUAUGAUGUUUGCAACAAGACGUAGUUUAUCUGAUGCGCGUGAUGCCAUAGCAAAGCAGCUUGAUAGUGUUUACUCAUCAAUCUCGGCUACCAGGCGACAUUUGUCGUCAAGAAUUGAGGGUGUCGAUAACCAUCUGAAUGAAAUUGCAGAUAUUGCUGCCACUACUCAAGACGAGGUUUCUCUGCUACAAGAUAAAUCAAAGAUGCUCAACAGCAAUGUUCAAUCUGUUUGUUAUGUUGUUCAAACUCUGGAAAGUAAGAUCAACAGAAUAGAAGGGAAGCAGGAUAUGACAAAUGAAGGAGUAAACUGGUUGUGUGAUUAUGCCCAGACCAUGGAACAGAAUAGACCCACUGAUCGUAUUCAGGCUGCAACAGCUAGUUCCUCCAGGCCGGCUCUUGAAGCACCAACAAGAACACCAUCAAGGACAGGGUCUUUGCCUCCCAUUGUACCAGUAGAUUUGCCAGCUCCUGAUUCAAAUGGAACUCAUAUGGUAAAGAGAUCUCCAAGAAAUGCUGUCUCUGCCUCAGGCCUUAAGGAAGUAGGUGAAUCAAGUAGCAAUGAUGUUGGUAAUGGGAAAGCCACUUCAGAAGACAAAACUAAUGGGUCCUCUUCAAGUUCCGGUUUCUCCGGGAUGAUGUUUUCAGGUGGGAAUGGUUCUUUUCUCACAAGGACGUGCAGUGCAACAAAUGCCGUGCCGCAACAGAUGUGAUCAAGUCGAUAACAAUCUUAAACAUCUUGACUUUUAAAACAAAGAUUUAAAUUCCUGCUUGACUAUAAAAUUUUAGGUUGGGAGAGGGUUUUCCCCAGGUCUGAGGUGUCUUUGGAUCAUUUAGUCCUUGCAAUUCAGAUCAAAGGGUAGUAGUGCCUGGCCAAGCCAAAAGUUAUUUUGGAGUGGGGGGUGCUGAUUUUUGUAGAGAAUCAUUAGAGAUGCCUGCUUGUUUCUGGGUAAUAUAAUUUUUAUUUAGGCUACGUAACACGGAUUUUUUUUAAAUAUUCAUAUUCUACAAUAUCCGUGUUCAAUAUAUUUUUGAAUAAAAGUAUGACAAACAAGUACAACUUUCCAAAUAUUUGAAAAAUGUUUUAAAAUAAA